CAGGAUGGAAAGGCUUAACACAGUCAGAGGAGGAAACAUGUCAUGAGAGGUGAUGACACAGCUGCGGAGGUGUAUCUACAUCCUCACCGAGUCCCAAGAUCCCUGCCUGCUGCCGUUUUAGCCUCCAACGCUGCACUUUCUGUAUCCCACAGAGAGAGAGAGAGAGCCAAAGAUAGCUGUCCAUCUCCCUCCCCACCUCUCUCUCUCUUCCUCUCUUUUUCACUUUGUGUGUGGAUGAUGGGAUUUUAAUCAUGUGGAAGACAGCUGAGCGGCUCUCCUGGAUUUCGCUGACGCUGCGCCUGGUCCCGCCUGGCCUCUUCUAAGCAGGAUGGACACUCUGGAAUCAGAGCUGACCUGCCCAAUCUGCCUGGAGCUCUUUGAAGACCCGCUGCUGCUCCCCUGCGCCCACAGCCUGUGCUUCGGCUGCGCCCACCGCAUCCUGGUCUCCCACUGCGCCACCAACGAGUCCGUUCAGAGCAUCGGCGCCUUCCAGUGCCCCACCUGUAGAUAUGUCAUCUCCCUGAGUCCGGAGCGAGGACUAGACGGGCUGAAGAGAAACGUGACCUUACAGAACAUCAUUGACAGAGUUCAGCGGGCCUCAUCUUCCGCCGGGCUCCCGCUACCGCUACCCGCCCCCCACAGCGGGCCCAACUCCCCCAGCGAGGAAGGCGGCAACCGCCUGGCGCUGGUUCCCGUCAGCGCCGCCAUGUCCAGCCCGGGAACUCCCCCGGAGCCGGUCCAGUGCCAGUUCUGCGAGCAGGACCCGCCGCAGGACGCCGUGAAGACGUGCGUGACGUGCGAGGUGUCGUACUGCGAGGAGUGCCUGAGGGCCACCCACCCCAACAAGAAGCCCUUCACGGGCCACCGGCUCAUCGAGCCCAUGCCGGACUCCCACCUGCGGGGGCUGCAGUGCCUGGAGCACGAGGAGGAGAAGGUCAACAUGUACUGUGUCAGCGACGACCAGCUCAUCUGCUCCCUGUGCAAGCUGGUUGGACGGCACCGGGACCACCAGGUGGCAGCACUGAGCGACCGCUACGAAAAACUCAAGCAAGCCCUGGAUUCCAACCUGAGCAAUCUGAUCAAGAGGAACAACGAGCUGGAGUCUCUGAUGGGGAAACUGAUCCAGACUUGUCAGCACGUUGAGGUGAACGCAUCCCGCCAAGAGGGCAAGCUCCUGGAGGAGUGUGACGUUCUGAUUGACAUCAUUCAGCAACGGAGGCAGAUCAUUGGCAGCAAGAUCAAAGAGGGGAAGGCUCAAAGGCUUCGAAAGCUCGCCCAACAGAUCACCAACUGCAAGCAGUGCAUCGAGAGAUCCUCCGCCCUCAUCACACAGGCUGACCAGACGCUGAAGGAAACGGAUCACGCUCGAUUCCUGCAGACGGCCAAGUGCAUCAACGAGAGGGUUUCCAUGGCAACUGCGUCAACCCAGGUACUGAUCCCUGAGAUACACCUGACAGACACCUUCGACACCGUUGCCCUGGACUUCACCAGAGAAAAGAAGUUGUUGGAAAGUCUGGAUUAUCUCACUGCUCCAAGUGCUCCGUGCAUAAGGGAAGAGCUGUGCACGGCUUCUUACGAUACCAUCAGUGUCCACUGGACAUCUGAUGAUGAAUUCACCGUGGUGUCCUAUGAGCUCCAGUACGCCAUCUUCACCGGCCAGUCCAACAUUGCCAGUCUAUGUAACUCAUUGGACAGUUGGAUGAUUGUUCCCAACAUUAAACAAAACCACUACACGGUACACGGUCUGCAAAGUGGCACAAAGUAUAUCUUCGUUGUCAAGGCCAUUAACCAAGCGGGAAGCAGGAGCAGUGAACCAGGGACUCUGAAGACCAACAGCCAGCCAUUCAAACUGGACCCCAAAUCUGCACACAAGAAGCUAAAGGUGUCCCACGACAACCUCACCGUGGAGCGAGAUGAGACCACUUCCAAAAAAGGCCACAACCAGGACCGUUUCUCCAGCCAGAGCAGCUAUGGCGUUGUGGGAAAUGUCUACAUAGACAGCGGACGUCACUACUGGGAAGCUCUGAUUGGAGGGAGCACAUGGUAUGCUAUUGGCAUAGCCUACAAAUCAGCCCCAAAGCACGAGUGGAUCGGCAAGAACUCAGCAUCCUGGGUACUCUGCCGUUGCAACAAUUCCUGGGUGGUUCGCCACAACAGCAAGGAGCUGGCUAUCGAGCCUUCGCCCCACCUGCGUCGCGUCGGGGUCCUGCUGGAUUACGAUGCGGGAUACGUGACCUUCUACGAUGCCGUGGGCUCCCAGCACCUACACACGUUUCACGUCUCUUUUGUCCAGCCUGUGUGUCCUGUAUUCAAUGUGUGGAAUAAGUGUCUGACCAUCCUCACUGGUCUUCCCAUCCCUGACCACCUAGAGGGGCUGGAACCCAACAACUGAUAGCCACAAGGAUGAAUCAGCAUCAGCUCAUUAUCUUAAAGCUGCACUAGGCAGGAGAUACGAAAAAGCUUAUGCUCGGAUCAAGAAACAGAGGAGAAAGUCGUCCUUUGAUAAGCCAUUAUUCUAAAUUCUGUGCUUGUGCACAUUUGCAUUAAGGGACAGUGAUAAAACCGCUGUUGAGCACCUCUGUAAAAAGCAAAGACCAUUCGCUAGAAAUAAGCAGCUGAAUUGCCCUGUACAAAUCUUUUGUGUUUCUGAAAACGUUUUCUCGUGCUAGCCUGACCAGCCCUACCCAUUCACUUUGAAAAUUCUCAUUGGUAGAGAACAUAGUGAACCAAUCCCAAUGUGGUGGAGGAGGGCUUUAAAAAGUGACUCAUACAGGAAAGUCCAAGAACCACUAUUUAAAACAACAAUGAUUGGUCUCUGAUUGGUUGUAUACCAAUCCAGCGGUGUCCAAGAGAUAUUUACUUGAAUGUCCAUUGGUGAUGUCCCCUGCAAAUCAAAGUCAAAACCACAGAACCGGGAUAAUUCUUGGUAUUGCAGAGGGAAAGAAUUAGGAUGGCAGGCCAGGCUAACCCAGUGCAGCUUUCAAGAACAAAUGCUUGGGGUGUUAGUUUCAAGAUUAGCAAUGGCAAAUAUCAGUUUAAUAUGGUCUCUUAAAUCAUGGUGUUUAAUGUUGUAUUAAACUUAAAGUCUCAGUAACAACCAACUCUCAAUGGAUGACCACAAGCUGGAGUUAUGUCAGGGCUAACGGACAGUUCUGGGCUAGAUAUUCCUCGUUUAAGGUACUUUGGUGGACAUACUUGUACAACAGCAUCUUGGAAAAUAGCCACAAAUCAGUUUUUAAUUUUCUCUUUCUUUUUACACCACCUCAUCAGAUAUGGCACUUUGAAAACCCCUCAAACCAUUCACAGUGCAUACACAUAAAAACAAUCAUGGUUGCUGGAAAGAGCAGAACUGCAGACUAUAUAUUUUGUAAAUUUGUUGCAUCAAAUCCUGUUCGCCUUUACCUUUACCCUGGUCUUUAAAAAGGAACCAAAGUAGCCAUGGCUGUCUGUUCAGAUAAACUUUAGUCUGUUAAUAAUAAAUAUUGAAUUAUUUUUUAAAAAGUGACAGAGAAAUAGCAUUAUGCUAAUAUUAAAAGCAAGAUUCCCUUAAAUGUAGACCUUGUUUUUGCACAUUGUUUACACUUUAUUGAAGCUUUGUAGUGUAAAACUCUAAUUUUUGUGCAAUUUACAUUCAUACAUACUGGCACAGUCCUGUGUUCUGUUUGACUUUUUGUGUUUAUUUUGUUUUCUCAUUUUAGGUUUAUGUAAUAUACGACAUGUGGGUGACAGUUUUAGCCCCAUAUUAUUACUAAAAAGGGGCAAAAUGCACAUUAGGGUGGGAUAUAUUUCUGCAAAACAGUCAUUUCAAUUGACCGAUCUUUAUAUUUCAGUCCUGUUUAUUUAAAUCUGCCUUCAGAGUACAAUCUGAGAAUAUGACAAUUUCAGUUUCUUUAUAAAAACAGGCUUCACUUCAUUAAGAAAUCCAUGCACAUGGUGCCAUCCUCAGACUUGUUGCACACUGAUGAGCACUUCAUUCUUCACUUUAAUCAAUGGCUGAGUCUUGAUUUGGAUUUUUGCAUAAAGGGAUGGAACAGCUUGAGAUUCAACCAUUGACAUAACAAAAACCUCCCGAAGGGACAGUUAAGUCAUUGAUUAUAGCAGUUCUAGUCAUAAUACUGUUCAACAAUGACAAAAAUGGCACUCCUCUGUGUAAAUAAAAACAUUUGGUUGUAUUUCACAAGAUCAGGUUUGUUACUCAAUACAUUUAUUGGUAAAGAAGGACAAAUGAGAUGAUCUUUAAUUCUUUAUUGUCUAGGCAGUACAUUGAAUCAUUUCAUUGUAUCUGAUGCAAGUUUGUAGUGCUUAAUUUAAUGUUUCCAUUUGAACUUUAAUGACCAUGGUGUUAUUUGUUAUGUCUCUGUGGACAUUUUUAUGGAAAACAAGAUAUGAGAGCUCGCCUCACUGUUGUCUAAUAUAAGUCUAUGAAAAAGUGGAAAAUAAAGAGUUCCUUUUCACGUUAAA